UCUUAUUAUUGUAUUUGUAUCGGCUCGCUCGAUGUAUGUGUGAUAAAGCUGACGUGUACAAACGGAGCUCUCUGCUCUUCUCGGAGAAAUGAAACUCACCACAAAUGAUCUCUUCGUUUCUCAACCAUUAUUUCACUGCCCUUGCUCCUCCCACCGUCCUCGCCGUCGCCGUCUCCAUGGCCUUCAUUUUCCGAUCAACCUCAGUAAUAAGAAGAACAAUUCUUUAUCCGUCGCUGCUCUUUCUGAUUCCGAUCUUCCAACACAAGCCGCUUUCUCUCGCCGCGCUAUUCUUCUCUCGCCGCUCCUCGCUUCAGCUGCUUCCUUGAUUCUCAAGCCGUCUGUCUCUUUAGCCUCCGAGGAGAGCUCGUCCGCUACAGUGAAUUCGCCUGCGGAAUCAGCAGCUCCUCCUGCGACCGCCACCGCUCCAUCUCCGCCGCCUGCGGAAGAGACUAUAACCUCGAGAAUCUAUGACGCUACGGCCAUUGGUGAGCCGAUGGCUAUGGGAAAAGAUAAGAAGAAAGUGUGGGAGAAGCUGAUGAACGCGAGAGUUGUGUACCUCGGCGAGGCGGAGCAGGUGCCUACCAAAGACGACAAGGAGCUUGAACUCGAAAUCGUUAGAAACUUGAGGAAGCGAUGUGUUGAGAAUGAUAGCGAGCGUCAAAUCUCUGUUGCACUAGAAGCAUUCCCUCUCGAUUUGCAGGACCAGCUUAAUCAGUACAUGGAUAAGAGGAUCGACGGAGAGACAUUGAAGUCUUAUGUGACAGAUUGGCCUCCUCAACGCUGGCAAGAAUACGAGUCUCUUUUAAGUUACUGUCGCGAUAACUCUGUUAGACUAAUUGCUUGCGGCACUCCUCUCAAGGUUUUAAGAACUGUCCAAGCAGAGGGUAUCCGUGGACUUUCAAAGGCUGAGCGUAAAUUAUACACUCCCCCUGCUGGUUCUGGGUUUGUCUCAGGAUUUUCUUCAUUCUCACGGAGAUCUACAUUCGAUAUGAGCCUCCCGACACAGAUUGUUCCGUUUGGACCAAGCUCUUAUUUGUCGGCACAAGCAAGGGUUGUCGAAGACCAUACAAUGUCACAAGUUAUUUUACAAGCAGUAGCAGAUGGAGGGGGUACUGGUCUACUGGUAGUGGUGACAGGGGCAAGUCAUGUUGAGUAUGGUUCAAGAGGAACAGGUUUGCCAGCAAGGAUCUCAAGGAAGUUUCCAAAGAAAAACCAAGUCGUUGUAUUACUUGAUCCUGAAAGACAGUACUUGCGAAGAGAGGGCGAAACUCCAGUUGCUGAUUUCUUAUGGUAUUCUGCUGCAAGGCCCUGCAGUAGAAACUGUUUUGACCGAGCCGAAAUUGCUAGAGUAAUGAAUGCUGCUGGCAGGAGGCGAGAUGCCCUUCCACCGGAUAUUCAAAAUGGAUUAGACCUUGGUCUGGUGUCACCUGAGGUUCUGCAGAAUCUAUUUGAUUUAGAGCAGUAUCCUCUUAUUUCUGAGCUUACUCAGCGGUUCCAGGGUUUCCGAGAAAGGUUGUUGGCUGAUCCAAAAUUCCUGAAUAGGUUAGCUAUUGAAGAGGCUAUAUCAAUAACAACCACACUUAUAGCACAAUAUGAGAAGCGGAAAGAGAAUUUCUUUGAAGAACUCGACUAUGUUAUAACUGAUACAGUGAGAGGAUCAGUCGUUGAUUUUUUCACAGUUUGGCUUCCUGCGCCAACUUUGUCUUUUCUAUCAUAUGCUGACGAGACCACCGGACCAGACAGCAUAGAAUCCCUGAAAGGCCUCCUAGGAUCCAUACCUGAUAAUGCAUUUCAAAAGAGUCUUGCUGGAAGAGAGUGGACUCUGAAUCUUAGAAUUGCCUCAGUUGUUGUUGGUGGCUUGAAGCUUGCUGGUGUUGGAGUUGUUUCCAGUUUUGCGGCUGUGGGAGGGUCAAAUGCAUUGAAUGUGGUACGGAAGUUCAUUAAACCCGAGUUGGUUGUUGCUCAGAAGCCAAAGAGGUCUCCUCUUCUGAAAACGGCAAUGGUUUAUGGAGGUUUUCUGGGAGUAUCUGCAAAUAUUCGUUACCAGAUAAUUGCUGGAUUAAUAGAGCAUCGUCUAUCUGAUGAGCUUUCUUCUCAACCUCUACUUGUAAAUACGAUUUCAUUUGUUGUCAGGACACUUAAUUCAUAUUUCGGAACACAGCAAUGGAUUGAUCUUGCACGGUCUACUGGUCUGCAAACUCAGAAAAGCAUUCCACCCCCUACCAAAGUUCCAGAGGCUUUGGAAGAAUCUACGGUGGAAUGCGAUACUACUGCUGAAGAGGAAAGUGUUGACAAGCUCAAUAAUCAAUGAUGCUGUUGACAAAUAUUUUUGUACAGGAGUUGGAGAUGGUAUCUCUGUUGGCAAUAAGUUGUGGUCCAGAAAUACAUUGUGGAGUCCGGAACAAGAAUUCAGCAAACCUGUUGUGUAUGAGUCAGCUGCAUUUUGUUUAGACACGUAGCAUCAUGUAUACUGUUUUCUUUCUGGAAUUAAAGGCUUUGUCAAUGAAGCUUACGUUAGUUACUGAUACACAGUAAAAAUCAGGAAUCUUUGUCCAUGCAGUGCAGAUAUGUUGAGUGUAGGUACCAACUGGAGAAAUUUUUUGAAGGUCUUCGUGUGACUCGACAUCAAUCCUGAUAAGUAAUUUCCAGAUUUGAGGGUGGUUAUAUCUACAAAUUUUUGUGUGCUCAAAAAAUACACUGUACUAAUACAGCAAUGGAUGGUGGACUCAAAACCAGCGGUAUAUAAGUUUCUGCAUGUUCACUAUGCCAGGAACUAUACAGGUGUGGAAGGUGCUAAAGACAGUUUUCCUACAUUUACAAUCAAGAACAGACAUUAUCACCUACAGGCCACAGUUCAGUUCCUCUGAUAAAACCUGAACAUCAAGAAGCACAGCUGUGAUCGUAUCACACUAAUUUUUCUCCUUUGAAUUCCAGCAAAAGAGCCUUUCACUCACACUCACAGCAUCAUUACCCGGGUUUGGUAAAUGCAACCGACCUGCUUGCAUAGGUUUUUCUUUUCUUGUUGUAUCUGUUUUUGCCAUAGGACAUGAGUGCCAUAGGACAUGUGUGCCAUAGGACAUGAGUGCCAUAGGGCAUGAGUUCAUAAUAGAAUUUACUUGAUAAUUUUCA